UGUUAGUUCUUGUCCAUAUAUCGCAUAAUUUCCCGGAAAUUAGUAGCACUUAGUUAUCUUUUUCACGUAUUAGGAAUAUAUCUUCAUUCGGUGACAAUGAGUUCUCAAAUCACUUGUGUGGGAUGGGUAAAGCAAGGAGUCUCCAAGGAAAUUCCUGAAAAAGUCGAGUUAACCAAAGAAGAGCUUCAGCGCAUUAUAUCUGAGACUAAAGAGGAGCUGGGAGAGCGUGAUGAAGAAGAAGCUGAUGAUGCUGAGGAUGGUGAAGGCCUGAUGAGUGGGCAGGAGCCAAAUGAUAACGUGGAGGCUCCCUCCUCUGACCCAGGACAGAAUGAGAGAGAGACUGGCAGGGAUGAGGAUGAUGAACUGGCAGAAUAUGACCUGGACAGAUACGAUGAAGAAGACAUAGCAACGGCUAAUCUGGGUGACAGUCUGGCUGGUCUCACUGUGUUUGGAACCAACGAGGAGGAUCCUUACAUCACAAUUAAAGACACAGAUCAGUAUGAACGUGAGGACUUUCUGAUCAAACCCAGUGAUAACCUGAUCUUAGCUGGCAGAGCAGAGAAAGACUGCUGUAAUCUAGAAGUCUAUGUGUAUAACUCAGAAGAGGACUCUCUCUAUGUUCACCAUGACAUCCUUCUGCCUGCAUACCCACUGUGUGUGGAAUGGCUAAACUUUGACCCUAAUCCUGAAGGACCAGGGAACUAUGCUGCUGUUGGUAACAUGACUCCAGUCAUUGAUGUGUGGGACCUUGAUGUAGUGGACUGUUUGGAGCCUGUAUUUUCCCUUGGAAGCAAGAAAGCUAAGAAGAAAAAGAAGAAAAGCAAAAAGGCCGCUGCAGAGCCAGUUGAGGGCCACACUGAUGCUGUUCUGGACCUUUCUUGGAACAAACUUGUCAGGAAUGUUCUGGCUAGCGGAUCAGCUGAUAACACAGUCAUUCUCUGGGAUCUUGUCCAGGGAAAGCCAGCGACAACGCUGAAAAUUCACACUGAUAAGGUUCAGACCAUUAAAUUCCACCCUUUUGAAGCUCAGACUCUGAUUUCAGGAUCCUAUGAUAAGUCAGCAGUUUUGUAUGACUGCCGGAGCCCUGAUGACAGCCAUCGUAUCUGGAGGUUCAGUGGACAGGUUGAACGUGUCAUAUGGAACCACUUCUCACCCUAUAACUUCUUGGCGACUACAGAGGACGGUUUUGUUUAUUGUUUGGACGCUCGCUCAGACAAGCCUGUGUUCACUCUGAAAGCUCAUGAUGGAGAGGUUUCAGGCAUAGAUCUGAGCAGCCAGGUGCGAGGCUGCCUGGUCACGGCGUCGGCAGACAAACAUGUGAAGAUUUGGGACAUCUUGGGAAACAAACCAAGCCUCAUCCACACCAGGGACAUGAAGAUGGGCGUGGUGUUUUGUGCUGCCUGUUGCCCUGAUCUGCCUUUUAUGUAUGCGUUUGGUGGACAGAAGGAUGGUCUGAGGGUGUGGAACAUCAGUGAUGUUGCUGCAGUUUCUGAGGUUUUUGGCAGUCGGGAGAGGUUGGUAGCAAACACAGUAUCUGGAGCCUCAAGCAGCUCAGCAGCAGACAUGGAAGUCUCAUAGCCUCUUCCCUUCUCUGCCCACGUCUGGCUCAAUACCAGUAAACAGAGAUAAAGGAAUGCAGACUCCGUACAUGGAAAUCUCGGUGUACUGUGAGAGAGACUUUGUCUGUAUGUGGCACCAGUGGAAGAACUGGGAAGGAGUCCUCCUCCCAGUGAACAAAUGGUUUAUGCUGUGAUGACGGACUGACCUCAAGGGGACUAAACUUGUCCGCAAUAAUUUAUCAUCAGCUCUGCGUGUUUUACUCAGACAUCUGUUUAUCAUCUGCGGAAUGUUGUUUUGUGUCCAUUUUGAUUUAAUCCUAGAUUCAAAACAACAGAAAUCAUGGGCUCUGAUUUUGUCUUGCCUCAAAAAUCAUUUUGGGCUUGCUAUGUUUUUUCUUCAUUUGUUAUAUAUUAUUAUAUCAUGAAAUUCAUUGUUUGUCAUAGGCUUGCUAAACCUGGAACUUACACAUUUUUUCCCAGAUUUAUACUAAAAUGUAUAGGACAAAUUUAUUUCUAGAAUUUAAGAUUUCCCUAAAUGCAAUCAUCU